AUGGGUCACCUUGUACUGCAUUUGUGCCCUGCAAAAGUCAUGCGUAACAUCAUGGACGCGUCCAAAUUACAUAAGGCGGAUCACGCUGGUGGAAAUGAAAAUUUAGUCAAACAAGCAAAGAAAGAACUCGGACUUAAAGAUAUUCCGAUUUAUGGUGGAGAAAAAGUUCAAGCGUUAACUCAUAUGGUCAAAGAUAAUGAGGAAAUUCCGCUCGGACAAUUGAAGAUCACAUGUUUAAGUACACCAUGUCAUACGGCAGGACAUAUAUGCUAUCUUGUUGAUGAUGGGAAUAAAAAAGCUGUCUUUACCGGUGAUACACUUUUUAUUAGUGGAUGUGGUAAAUUUUUCGAAGGAACCGCUGAACAAAUGUAUUCAUCUUUACAAAAAUUAGCUAAACUCGAUCCUCAGACGGAAGUAUAUUGUGGACAUGAGUAUACGUUACAAAAUUUUAAAUUUGCCGUUACAGUUGAAGAAAACAAUAGUGGACUUCAGGAUAGAAUGAAACAAAUGCAAUCCAAAAAAGUCACAAUACCAUCAACAAUCGGUGAUGAACUGCGUUAUAAUCCAUUUAUGCGUACAAAUCAGGAAGAUGUACAAAAAUAUACUGGCACAAAAAAUGAAAUUGAAUGUUUGGCAAUAUUAAGAGAGAAGAAAAACAAUUUUAAAUCAACUUAA